AUGCUCGUCUAUACCGAUCUCGCCAGCAACGUGCACCUCCCGCUGAAGACCUUCGUCGACCUCGUACGCUCGCGCUCGCGCGUCUGCUCUCAGCUCCUCCGCGACGUGGGCGCGAGUCUCCCGAAGCGCACACGCAAGCGGAGCGUGCACAUGCUGCUGAAGUUGCUGGAGUACAUCCCCCGCGACCACAACCCCGCGCACUUGGGGGCAAUCGAUGUGCUCUGGACUCUUUGGGAGCUCUGCAUGGGAGCGUGCGAUGCGGACGAGCAGGACCCGGAGCUGUACCGGACGGUGCUGAAUGGCGUCGCGGAGCUCUUGAGCGAGGACGAGCCGUUCCGGCUGCGCCGUGCCGCUCUCAACCUGCUCUGGGAGAGCGCCCACCAAUGGACGUACCUCUACUGCCCUUCAGCCGUGAGCAAUGUCAUCUCCUUCGCCUGCGCCUCGCGGCAACACCGCCUCUCCGACAUGUUCCUCAAAGCGUGCGCGGUCGCGCUCCUCCUCGCGCCCACGCUCAACUGGCUCGACGACGAGCGCGCGCCGCACGACCGCCAGCAGCUGCACGCGCUCCUGCGCGACCUCGCGCGCGUGCUGCAGCGCGGGAACGCAGACGGGACGCGCUACGAGGCGCGCUGCGUCGGCCGCAUCGCGUACGGGCUCGCGCUGCUCGUGGAGAAGGGCGUGGGCGUGGUGGUCGAGCCGGAGCUGAGCGCGGCGCUGCAGGAGAGCGUCGAGCUCGGGCUGGCGGGGCUGACGGCGGAGGAGGAGGUCACAGCGAUGGAGGCGCUGCACCAGGCGUGUAUUACUGGGGGGAUUGGGAGUGAGGGAGGUAGCUCGCGCCGCGGGCCCGGGUCGGAUGGUGGUUCGUCUGAACAGGCUGGUUAG